AUGACGGUAAAGCCUCUGGACAACUUAAAACCUGCUACGUGUACUCGAAAGUCCAAGAAGGUGGCUCCGACAACAGUUUUGCGAGAGGUAACUCUUCCCAAACUCAGCUCUAACAACGAUGUCGCUGGGCCGACACUAUCCCCGUACGAGCGUAUGAGGCAGUUGCUGGUUUCCAGUACCGAACAAUCCAGAGUUAUUGACACCGUGGACGACUUGAAGAUCCACCUGACUGGGGCAGACAAACACAAGCCUGUGCUGAUUCGAAUGCGGUUAAUCUGGGUAUCGGAACACACGCAUAAGCCGUGGAAAUUUGCUCGGCUUCACUUUGUCGAUGCUAGCGCCCAGGGAAGCCUCGAGGACAUGCUACAGCCCUACGAAGCCAAUUCUCAAGAGGUCGAUUCGCUGUUACUGACCGCCACGGUGUGGAAUGCGGAGAUCGACUCAGAGCUUCUUCCUCCCCGGGGCAAAUCGUUUGCACCAACGGCUACACCAACCUCAAGGAGUAUAGAGGAGAAAUUUGCCAGCUCACGACUCGAUUGA